CCACUAUCCUUGAUAACUUAUCAUGGUUGCCAUUCACUUUCUCAUGAUCAGUUAACAUAUAUCAUACACCUCAACUUACUUUAUUAGAGGUAUUCUUAAGUGCCCCCAAAGACUGGAUUUGAUACCCCCUAUCUUCCUUUGAAAUAACCGUAACAUUCAGAUACCCAGCAAAGCAACGAAAUAAUAGGGAUUCGUUUCAAGGAUGCAGUACACACCAUUUGCAUCAGAUAUAGAACUUCCAUUCUACACUGCCCUGAGUUCACUCAAAAUCAACCAUGACAGGCUAAAUGACUCCGCUCGCAACAUGCUGGGUCUCUAUGAGAUUCGCCCUACUGAUCCUCCUAGCACAUCAUGUCGAAUGCAAAUUCAUGGCAAUGCUCUCACCAGUGAUGAAGUACCAGCAGGCUAUUAUCGGGCUGAAGGAAUUAGCAAGAACUUUAACACUAUUGAGGAAUAUCAAACAGCUGAUAAAGCUUUAAUUCUCCAACAAGCUGGUAGAAAGAUUUGGGAUGCCAUAGCCGACGGCACUAUAUAUGAUCGUCCUUCUCUAUUAUCAUCCUUUAUUGUUAUCUCAUUUGCCGAUCUUAAAAAAUACAAAUUCCACUAUUGGUUUGCAUUUCCUGCAAUUCACUCAGACCCUUCGUGGGUCCCGUCUAAAAUAAAUAGCGAUGGAAUUCCUGUGUCCGAUCAAAUGAGGGAUAUCAGUUCGCGAAGUGCGCACAAUCUGACGCAGCUGGAUUACGCUGAGCUUGUGGACGCGGUUCAAACCUGGAGUUCUGGAGUGGAUUCCCACCAGCGAGGGUUUUUCUUGGCCCGGAGGGUCUGGGAUAACGCUGAACGAGUCGAUCCAGUCCAUGAAAUCCCAUCCAAGGCCCAUGGCUAUUACCCGACGAGUCCACAUGGCGCAACUAAGUUUUCGUGGAGAAUAGCAGCGCUUGGAAGCUAUGAGCAUGGGUUCUUCGAUGAAGCGAGGUUUGAAGACUGCUAUCUCUGUUUUGCAGAUCCUUCGAAUUACACCAGUGCUCCUGGCUGGAUGCUAAGGAAUCUAUUGGUGCUCGUGAAGCAACGUUGGAAGCUCGAUAAGAUUCAAGUUAUAUUUUAUCGCGAUGUGCGCUCAAAGAGUGGUCCAAGUCGCAGUAUUGUUAUUACCCUGGAGUUAAAAUCCCCCCAGGGAGCCGCAAAGACCAGCGAGACUCAUAAACUAAUGCCCAAAGUAACUGGUUGGGAACGCAGCCCAACUGGGAAACUAUCGGGUAGAAUAGUUGAUCUGACGGAAUAUAUGGACCCUAGGAGAUUGGCCGAUCAAUCCGUUGAUCUUAACCUCAAACUUAUGAAAUGGCGAAUUAGUCCGAGUUUGAAUCUCGAGAAGAUCAAACACACCAAGUGCCUCCUACUUGGAGCUGGCACACUUGGGAGCUACGUUGCUCGAAACCUGCUUGGCUGGGGAGUGACAAAAAUUACAUUUGUCGACAAUGGCUCGGUUUCAUUCUCUAAUCCUGUCAGACAGCCGCUUUUCAGAUUUAUGGAUUGUCUAGAGGGUGGAGCGAGAAAAGCAUAUCGUGCUUCUCAAGCCUUGUCAGAAAUAUAUCCUGGAGUCGAUUCUGCUGGGCACGUUCUUUCCGUUCCAAUGGCGGGCCAUCCAAUAACAGACAAUGAGAAAUCUCGGGCUGAUUUCGAGGCACUUGAAAAAUUAGUGCAUGAACACGAUGCUAUUUUCCUUUUAAUGGAUACACGCGAGUCACGAUGGUUACCAACAGUCAUGGGGAAGGCAGCAGGCAAAAUUGUUAUGAAUGCGGCACUGGGGUUUGAUUCGUUCGUAGUCAUGCGCCAUGGAGUCAAAAGGGACUUGGAUCCAGAAUCAGAGCUCGGUUGCUACUUCUGCAACGAUGUUGUCGCGCCAGCAAAUUCUGUCAAAGACCUGACGCUUGAUCAACAAUGUACCGUUACACGCCCCGGUGUAGCUGCCAUAGCAUCAGCAUUGUUGGUUGAGCUAUUUGUGUCACUCCUCCAACAUCCUGAGGGCGCUGCAGCUCCGGCCCCGGCUUCACGGAAUGAAGAUCGAGGGGACCAUCCCCUUGGGCUUGUGCCACACCAGAUCAGAGGAUUCCUUCCCACUUUUGAGAAUAUCACCAUCAUCGGCAGAAGCUAUCAACACUGCAGCGCAUGCUCGGAUGCCGUCACCAAUGCAUACAGGAAAGACCGCUGGGACUUCGUACAGAGGGCCUUAAACGAAUCAGGAUACGUGGAGGAACUGAGCGGCCUGAAGGAGGUUCAAUUGGCAGCUGAAGCAACGGCAGCCGAUGUCGAAUGGGAUGAAAGCUCUGUAGACGAGGAAGAGGAGAUAAUCUAGGACGCUUCAUUCCUUAAUAUACGUCGUCGUGUCUUUACCCACCAUCUGCGACUUUCCCUUACCGCUUUAGUACUCGGCCUUCGCGACUCUUUGCUGUUGAGUCGGUUUGCGCCGUGGUAGCCCGCUGUUCAUUUCAUAACAUGGACUCGGCUAGUCUUAUCCGGUUCUUUGCACCGUUGACCAACUGCUAUCAUUCUAUAUCCCACCUUUCCUAAUGAACAAGUUCUAUGAAAUAUGCCUAAGUGUAUGUUCACCACUGGCGAAGCCUGAUGACGGGUCUAGUCUGUCUAUUGCUGAUAAAGUUGUUCGGAUAUCUGUUAGCGUUUUCUAUGGUAAAUUUAUAGAAGGAUUACGGUAGAUAUUGGGUGAGCCGGUUGUUCAAUUCUAAAUAUCUUUCCGGGACCAUGUGAAGUUGGAAGAAUAGCUCCCUUCUAGAUCCUCGCGUUAAUAUAGUAGUAAGCUGGGUUGGCCUACUAGGCCCCUGACAUGUAGUCUAUAGCGUAAUCUAGCUUCAUCAUUCUGC